GAUUAUUAAUUCACGUCUAAUUCCACACAGCCUCCCCCCAGCUGUCUUCAGACGAAACCCAUUCCUACGCACAGGCAACAACGAACCUGGUCAGGACUAUAAGGAGACUAACCUGCGAAGAGGAAGUGCAGCGAACCACACAGAAGGUUCAGUAUGUCAAGCCCAACACCAGCUGAAGAUGAGGUGCCAGCAAUCCAAACAGGCCCCAAGGGUGUAAUCAAUGACUGGAGGAAGUUUAAGUGUGAGGACCAGGACACCCCUCCCAGCAAGAAGGCACUCCUCAGACAGAUAUCCAACCCCCAGAGCGAUGAUGUCCACGACAGACUCAAUCGCAAGAUGAGUGUCCAGGAGUACGAGAUGAUCGCAGAGGAGGAUGAGAAGGGCCUGCGAAAGUACCGCAAGCAGUGCAUGAAGGAGAUGCACGAGCGAUUCAGCUUUGGGCCAACGUUUGACAGCGUGGUGGAGCUGGACAAUGGCGAGGCCUUCCUGGAGGUCAUUGAGAAGGAGCACCGGCUCACCCUGGUAGUCGUCCACAUCUACAAGGACGGAGUCAAAGGUUGCGAGGCGCUCAACUCCUGCCUAGAUUGCCUGGCCACCGAGUACCCCAGCAUCAAGUUCUGCCGCAUCGAGGCCGCCGCAACGGGUGCAAGCGAGCGCUUCUCAGACGACGUGCUGCCCGCCAUGCUGGUUUACAAGGCAGGUGAGCUACUAGGAAACUUCCUGUCCAUGACACAGCACCUCAGCGAGGAGUUCUUCGCCGCCGAUAUCGAGGCGUUCCUCAAUGAAUACGGCCUCCUGCCCGAGAAGGAGUUUGUGGCCUGUCCUGAUGAGGAGGAGGCAGGUGUUGAGGUGGAGUAAGGUUUUUUGUAUUUUUAUAUAGGGAGUCAGUGACAGUCAGUGCACAUUUCUGGACCCAUUAGCCUACUGUAAUGCAAUAUUUUUUAAACAGCCUCCAGUCAGCUUCAGUUUACCACAGGCAGUGUCCAUUAACUUGAGAAAAGCUACAGAUUUCAAACAGACAUUAUUAGCUCAAUAUGUAUCACUACGAAAUGCUUUUUUCUUUUCGUUUUAACCAUUGUAUUGGUAUAUGAUUGAUAAGUAUAUGACUACGCAAUCUUUGUGUGAGGUUGUGUUGGCGUCACAGUAUGUGAUCCGGUUAGAGUAAUGCACCCCAUUUUAUGGUUAGAGUAAUGCAGCCCAUUUUAUGGUUAGAGUAAUGCACCCCAUUUUAUGGUCAGAGUAAUGCAGCCAAUUUUAUGGUUGGAGUAAUGUACCCCAUUUUAUGGCUUAGGUUUGUUUAUCACCAUUGUCAACCAAUGUCAUUGUAUUUUCUGCUAUAUUUUCAUGAUGUUUGAAAUCUAAAAGGGAUAAAGUGUUAACCCCAAGUCAGUCAUUAAAAGCAGUAUUUCCGCA